CUCAACGCCUGGUGCGAAGCAGACACCUUAUCCAAACAAACAACGGAUGCACCUCACGAUAUCUUUGUCCUCUCAAUCUCAGAGCCACUGUGAUGAUUCCUCGCCGAAAGCCAAUGGCAGCAUUGCUGCUUCCCCUUCCAAACAUUGUCCUCCUCAGGCCACCGGCCGCGUGCACUUCAUUGCUGGAUAAAUGUUCAGACGUGGAAGGCCUCAAGCAGAUCCAUGCCACCAUGGUCAAGACCGGCCUCGUCCUCGACGCCGUUCCCGCCAGCCGGCUGCUGGCCGCCCUGUGCCGGUCCCCCGACGACGGCAGCCUGACCUAUGCGCUUCUCUUCUUCGAACGACUCCGGUGUCGCAACACCUUCAUGUGGAAUACCAUGAUCAGAGCCUUGUCCGAUAGCAAUCUCCCCGAGCAAGCCGUAAUCUUGUACUGCCAGAUGCGUUCCGAUGCCAUGCCGCACAAUCCUUACACCUUCCCCUUCUUGCUCAAGGCCUGUGUCGCGUUGCCGUCGGCCUUGCCGGAAACCCAACAAGUGCACAGUCAUAUCAUCAAACAUGGAUUCGCCUCCGAGGUCUACACCGCCAAUUCGCUUCUUCGUGUCUACGCCAAGUCCGGCUGCACCGGUUCCGCCCGCAAGCUUUUCGACAGGAUGCCGUGCCGAGACGCCAUCACCUGGAACUCCAUGAUCGAUGGAUAUGCGAAGAGCGGAAGGCUUGAGAUGGCACGCCAACUGUUCGAUCUGAUGGAAGAAAAGAACGUGGUGUCGUGGACGUCGAUGAUCACCGGGUGUGUCGAGAAUUGCCUCUUUAAGGAAGCCUUGGAGCUCUUUGGCGAGAUGCUAGUUACGGAGGUCGAAGCAGAUGCCAGGGCGCUCACCAGUGCGCUGACAGCAUGUACCCACCUUGGGGCUUUGGAUCAAGGAAGAUGGAUACACACGUACAUAAAGAAAAGGCAGAUGCAAUUAGAUCCCGCUCUGGGAUGUGUCCUCGUUGACAUGUACGCCAAAUGUGGCGAACUCGAUGAAGCACUAAGCAUCUUCGAGACGAUAAGAGAGAGAAAUGUGGCUGUGUGGACCGCCAUGAUCGCCGGUCUUGCCGUUCACGGCCUAGGAAGGGAGGCGCUCGAUCUGUUUAAGGAGAUGGAGGAUGCGGGAGUAAAGCCCAAUCAUAUUACCGUCACCAGUGCGCUGACGGCGUGCAGCUACGCGGGAAUGGUGGAGGAGGGAGGAUCUCUUUUCGAGAGAAUCACAAAGGAGUACAACAUGAGCCCAUCCGUCGAACACUAUGGGUGCAUGGUUGACGUCCUCGGCAGAGCGGGGAUGCUGAAGGAAGCAGAGGACUUGAUCAACGCGAUGCCCUUCGACCCCAACGCUGCGGUCUGGGGAGCACUGGCCAACGCCUGUCGGAUUCACAGAAACUUCGAGCUAGGAAAGCACGUAGGAAAGAUGCUGAUCGAGCUGGAACCGGAACAGAGUGGCCGAUACAUACAGUUGGCCAGCAUUCUCGCUGCCGAAGGUAGCUGGAAACAGUCCCUGACGACGAGGAAGCUGAUGAGAGAAAGAGGAGUGCUGAAGCUUCCCGGAUGCAGCUCGAUCAGCGUGAAGGGACGUGUUCACGAGUUCGUCGUCGGAGACAGGUCACACCCUCAGGCCGAGAAGAUACAUCUGGAGUGGGAGAGAAUCCUGAGAAGAUUGAGGAAGGAAGGAUAUGUGGCGUCCACCGACCAGCUACUGCUGGACUUGGAGGAAGAAGAGAAAGAAGCUGCGGUGGGAUGGCACAGCGAGAAGCUGGCUAUUGCCUUCGGAUUCAUCAGCACCGAGCCAGGGACGACGAUCCGGAUAGUGAAGAAUCUGAGAGUAUGCGCCGACUGCCACGCCGUGUCGAAGCUCAUCAGCAAAGUUUACCGACGCAAGAUCGUGAUGCGAGACAGGGCCAGAUUCCAUGUGUUCGCGGACGGCACUUGUUCCUGCAAGGAUUACUGGUGACAACAUCCUAGAUUAUUGACAAGCCUGUUCUUCUUCUACAAAUGGUGGAAACAGAUACUGAAAGCUUCAGAUUCAUCUACAUCCUUGUACCUUG